AUGCAAGUUCGAUCGGCGAGUCUUACUUCGGAGAACCACAAAGCGAUUAGUGCUGCAGCUCUCAAGAAGCGAAACUGGGACGAAAGUUUUGAGGCUUUGGUAGUCUACAAGGAAGAAUUUGGCCAUACCAACGUGUCCAGGAGCUACCAUGACCAUGCGCUUGGCCAAUGGGUAGGGAAACAAAGGAGACAACAAUCCAAGCUUACAAAGAAACAGCGUGAAAAUCUCAAGUCUCUUGGAUUCGAUUUUGUACGUGUUGGCACGAGAAGUAAGGAUGUCUGGGAAGAUAACUUUGCCAUGUUGGCACAAUAUCAAGAAGAACACGGAGAUUGUAUGGUGGAUGAAGACCAUGAACUUUCAGCUUGGGUAGCCGAGCAACGUCAGUCGUUUCUAGAGGAAAGGUUGCCCCCCAAACGAGCAAAGUCGCUAGAGUCCAUUGGGUUUCAGUUCUAUACCGACCCAUCUAUAUUGGACGACAUCAUAAUCAUUGUUUCAUCUUGUCAUCGAUAGUGUGACCCAUUCGGAGCAAGUGGGAGAGCAUGUAGAAGGUUGCCAACCAUUCCGCCUUUUGCCGGUGGGUCUCAAAGUCAAACUCGAUCGACUCCAAGGCAUUGCGUUGGACCGUUCCACUUCGGACCAUGGAAGUAAAGUCAGUAAUCCUACCAUUCUUUACACCACGACAAUGGCCAUUUCGUUCAUGGUGCUUGCGAAGGAUGGCGAAUCUGGCUCGGAAAACCUCGGGGGAGAGAAUCAGCGGAGGACCAGUAGAAGAACUCGUCAUGAUACAGACUGUAGCCGCUAUGCUGCGUGCUUCUGGUGCAAAACGAACGAGUGUCGAUCUUCUCUUCGAUUGAAAAUGGAGUGAAGAAGGAGAAGAAAGCGACAACGAAGACACAGUGAACAUCGCUUCGCUGUCGAUCUUUGCGUGAUGGCAGAGGCCGCCCCUUGCUACUCUUGCGACAACCAGUAUAA